AUGAAGACUGUGAUCCAUACCCUAACCCUUCUUGUGCUACUAGUUUCCAACAGGUUGUGCACUGAUGCAAAGGUCCACGUCCAUGUGAUAAACCGGCUAGGAGAUAACAAGCCCAUGAACAUACAUUGUCAAUCCAAUGACGAUGACCUCGGCUAUCAGAAGGUGGAAGACGGAAGUGAAACAACGUGGAGCUUUUCGGUUAAUUUUUGGGGCACGACGUUGUUUUAUUGUGAUGUCCAGUGGGGAGACUCGGGCUGGAAGCACUUCGAUGCUUAUGACGCAAAUCGGGAUUAUGAUCACCGGUGUCAUUCGGAAUGCCGAUGGAUGAUAUCCGAAGAAGGGUGGUUGUACGGUUAUAACCAAGAAGAUGAGAAUUGGGAGCUCUUUAGCUUUCAGUAA